AGUAUCAACUUCAUCCCCCAUGGCCCAUGUCUACAGUCUACUCCACUCCAUCCAUCCAGAUCCCAACUUUAAAGAAUUAGAUUAUUGGAAUCAUUUAGAUCAAAUCUGAACCACUGAUCUAAUAAUUAAAAAUAAAAAAUAACCCAAUGAAAAUUUAAACUCAAAUCUCACAAAAUCAAGAAUAAUAUAAAGCAUAAAAACAAAAAUUAAGAGUAUAAUACAUGGGAUAAUCCGCCUAACCCCACAGCUGUUCUUCGAAAUAAAAAAAUAACAAAAACAAGUGGGUCAAUUAGCGACAGUAUGUCUUAGUGCUGUGCAAAUACCUCACGUUUCAACCCCUCUUCACAUUUUCAUCUACUCUCCUUUCAUUGCUAAUUUUCUGCGUUUUUCAUGAUCUGUAGCGGAUAGAGCUAGCACAAUGGAGAUAGAGAUCAUGGACAGUAAGUUCUUAAAUGUGGGGCUACUCAUUGUAGCAACCCUUAUAGCUGCUAAAUUGAUAUCAGCACUAAUUAUGCCGAAAUCUGCAAAACGGCUACCUCCGGUGAUAAAGGCCUUUCCUCCUGUCAUUGGUGGCCUUCUUCGCUUUCUUAAGGGCCCCAUUAUCAUGCUGAAGGAAGAGUACCCAAAGCUUGGAAGUGUAUUCACCUUGAAUCUUGUCAAUAAGAAUAUUACCUUCUUGAUUGGUCCUGAGGUGUCUGCUCAUUUUUUCAAGGCACCUGAGACUGAUCUCAGUCAGCAAGAGGUCUAUCGCUUCAAUGUCCCUACUUUUGGACCUGGUGUAGUCUUUGAUGUAGACUACUCUGUUCGCCAGGAGCAGUUCCGCUUCUUUACUGAGGCUCUUCGUGCCAGUAAACUCAAGAGCUAUGUUGAUCAGAUGGUUGUGGAAGCUCAGGAUUACUUCUCCAAGUGGGGAGAGUCUGGGGAGGUUGAUUUGAAAUACGAGUUGGAGCAUCUUAUUAUAUUGACAGCCAGUAGAUGUCUCCUGGGUCAGGAAGUCCGUGACCAGCUCUUUGACGAUGUGUCUGCCUUAUUUCAUGAUCUUGAUAAUGGGAUGCAACCCAUUAGUGUUAUGUUCCCAUAUCUCCCAAUCCCUUGUCAUCGCCGCCGUGAUAGAGCCCGUAAGAAGCUAGCUGAGAUUUUUGCAAGGAUUAUAUGUUCGCGUAAAUCCUCUGGCAAGUGUGAGAAUGACAUGUUGCAGUGCUUUAUUGACUCGAAGUACAAAGAUGGUCGGGCAACAACAGAGGGAGAGGUCACAGGUCUUCUGAUUGCUGCACUGUUUGCGGGUCAACAUACCAGCUCCAUUACAUCUACAUGGACUGGUGCAUAUCUUCUUCGUUAUAAAGAAUUCUUUUCUGCUGUGGUUGAAGAACAGAAAACUGUCAUGAAGAAGCAUGGGGAGAAUGUAGACCAUGAUGUUUUAUCAGAGAUGGAUGUCUUGCAUCGCUGCAUCAAGGAAGCACUUAGACUCCAUCCUCCACUAAUUAUGUUGUUGCGCCAAUCACAUGGUGAUUUCAGUGUGACUACUCAAGAUGGUAAAGAAUAUGAUGUCCCCAAGGGUCAUAUUGUUGCUACCUCACCAGCAUUCGCCAACCGUCUCCCACAUAUAUACAAAGAUCCAGACAGUUAUGAUCCUAACCGUUUUGCCCCUGGUAGGGAUGAGGAUAAAUUAGCAGGGCAAUUCUCGUACAUCUCUUUUGGAGGGGGCAGGCAUGGUUGCCUUGGUGAGCCAUUUGCUUAUUUGCAAAUUAAGGCAAUUUGGAGCCAUCUUCUAAGGAAUUUUGAGUUUGAACUAAUUUCUCCAUUCCCAGAGAUUGACUGGAAUGCCAUGGUAGUGGGCGUGAAGGGGAAGGUGAUGGUUAGAUACAAGCGAAGAAAGCUUGUGGUUGACUGAUUGUGGUGAAGCACCCUUUAAAUUUAAUUUAUUUGAUAUGUUCUGUGCCACUAAGGCCAUGCUUGAUGUUCAUGUUAGUAGAGUUGGCAGUUGGUUGUAGAGCUGCACCUUUUUUUUUCUCUUUUUGAUUUUGCGUUUGUAUGUAGGAUGUUAUUAAUUCCAGUGUCUUUCAGAUGCAGACUCUUGUGGUUACGCCAUUUCUUGAAUUUUGACUAGACAUUACUACCGUAGCUCUUUUGGGUUGAUUUGGAACUGGUAAAUCCCUUUGCUAGAAUGCUAUCAUGAUACUCUACUCGGAUAGUUUCUGUAUGUUUCUGAAUACUCUUAAUGUGAACUGUUAUUCUUAUUGGAA